UUAGUGAUGGCUGUCCUAAAAAAAGAGUGAUGUUCACAAACUGAAAAUUGUUUGAUCACCGGUCGCUAUCUACUUCCUUUUCCGGUUAUCUUCAACACAUGCAAUUUGUAAUUUUAUGGAUUUCGUUGUGAAAUAAACAAUAUGAAACCUAUUUUACUGCAUGGCCAUGAAAGGGCAAUAACCCAGAUAAAGUACAACAGGGAGGGAGAUUUGAUAUUUACCGCUGCCAAAGAUAACCAGCCAAAUGUUUGGUACUCAUUAAAUGGUGAAAGACUUGGAUCCUUCAAAGGCCACAAUGGAGCUGUGUGGUGUAUAGAUGUCAAUUGGAAUACAACUAAGGUCUUGACAGGAAGUGCUGACAACUCUUGUAAAUUAUGGGAUUGUGAAACAGGAAAAAAUUUGAAUACCCUAGAUGUAAAGAAUGCUGUGAGAUCAUGUGGCUUUUCGUUUAGUGGUAAUCUUCUCAUGUACUCAACAGAUAAAACUAUGGGACAUCCAUGUGAAAUACACAUGUUUGAUGUGAGAGAUCAUACACAAAUGAAGAGUGGUGAACCAUUAAAUGUUAUACCAGUAACUGGUCCUAAGAUAACAUCAGCUGUUUGGGGACCUUAUGAGGAAUAUAUUGUAGCUGGUCUUGAAUCUGGGGAAAUUAUUCAGUAUGAUGUUAAGACUGGUGAGAAAAUAAACGCUGUAAAAGAACAUUCAAAGCAAAUAAAUGAUUUACAGUUGUCUCUAGAUAUGUCUAUGCUGAUCUCUGCAUCAAAAGAUACUACAGCUAAGUUAUUUGAUCUAGCUUCAUUAAACCAUAUGAAAACAUACAAGACAGAACGUCCAGUAAAUUCAGCGGCUCUCUCGCCUUUACAGGAACAUGUUGUUCUUGGUGGUGGUCAAGAAGCCAUGGAGGUGACAACGACUUCUACCAGGGUUGGCAAGUUUGAUGCCCGCUUUUAUCAUCUCAUCUUUGAGGAAGAGUUUGGCAGGGUUAAAGGUCAUUUCGGACCAAUCAACAGUCUUGCAUUUCAUCCAGAUGGCAAAAGUUAUAGCAGCGGGGGAGAAGAUGGUUACGUACGAGUGCACUAUUUUGAUCCUGAAUACUUCGACUUCAGAUUCGAGUUCUAAUUGUAACAAGAUUUCGCAAUAUUUUUAUUAUUUAUUCCAAGAUCUGUGCUUCAGUCAAACUUGGUUAUUUGUGAAAAGGAAAAAAUAUUUUUUUCUUGGAUUUUAUUUGAAUUGUUUUUUGGAAUUCAAGUGUAAAAAAGGUGAAA